AUGAGCUCACUGGAAAUUCUCUUGAUUGUGGCCAGUGUUGUGGUCAAUCUCACAUCUGUGUUGUGUGAUAUGAGCUGUCUGACUCCAACUGGACAUCGUGGACAGUGUAUUGAGUGGGCAAAGUGUUCAAAUAUUUACAGUAUUAUGGCCGAUUUGCCCCUCAACGCUCCAAAUCGUGCAUAUUUCGCAUCAUCUCUGUGUGCGAUUCACAGUGACAAGAUCUUUGUGUGCUGUCCGGGGAAUGCAGAAGAGAGGAAAGCUGAGACAACUUGCCUCACUCCUGACCAGAAGAUGGGAAAGUGUGUUUACCUGAGUCAGUGCUCUUCCAUCUACGACACUCUGCGCUACAAAAGACCCUUGACAAAUGAGGAUCGCUCGUUCAUGAGCAGAAGUCAGUGUGGUUAUGAGGAUGGACAGUAUCUGGUGUGCUGCGCGGGAAAGGAUUCUCUGUUGCCUCAGCGGGGACUCGAAUGUGGGACCAUGACCAUGGGGAAUUACGUUUACGGCGGAGAAAGAACCCUCAUUGACGAAUUUCCGUGGACUGUUCUGCUGGAAUACCAAAAGCCAAUGAAUCGCACGGACUUUCACUGCGGAGGAAUCCUUAUCAGCAGCCGCUAUGUUUUAACAGCAGCUCAUUGUGUUCAUGGAGUUUAUCUUCCAAAAUCCUGGAAGCUCAUCCGCUGCCGCCUUGGCGAGUGGAAUCUCUCCACAGAUCCUGACUGCGAGGAAAACGAUUGUGCUCCUCAACCUCAAGACAUUCCCGUCGAGAGUGUUAUGCCUCAUCCUGAUUACAAAUCUAGAUCGAGAAAUCAAUUGCAUGAUAUCGCCCUGAUCCGUUUACUCUAUCCAGCCACUCUGGGAGCCUUUGUUCAGCCUAUCUGCCUCCACAAGGAAUGGGAACCGAAUCCUGGGGCGAAAUUCUACGUGGCUGGAUGGGGAAGAACCGAGAGUGCAGCAUUUAGCAACAUUAAACUGAAAGUUCAGCUGUCUUAUGUCUCUCCUCUGGUUUGCGGCAUUGUUUACAAGAGAGAGGAAGUCAGCAUCACUGAUCGUCAUAUCUGCGCUGGUGGCCAGAGAGACAAGGACAGCUGCAAAGGUGACUCGGGAAGUGCUCUCUUCGCCAUGGCAAACUCAACGGAACACAGACCUUAUUGGUUCUGCGCGGGCAUCGUCUCUUUUGGCCCAUCCAUCUGUGGCCUCGACGGAUGGCCAGGAGUCUAUACUAAAGUCCCGUCCUACUACAACUGGAUCCAGGAAAAUGUCCACCCAUGAGAAUGUCUAAUAAACAAACUA